UCCAAAAAAGACCAUAGCUCUUCUAGAGAGGAUACCAAGUCUUGUCUCUCUGUCUGUCUGUCCAGUCAGCCUCGCCGUCUGUGUCUCUUUCUGCUCGACCGUCCACAGAAACCAAAGAAACCAACCAUGGAGGCCAUCAAGAAGAAAAUGCAGAUGCUGAAACUGGACAAGGAGAAUGCCAUUGACCGUGCAGAACAGGCAGAGAUCGACAAGAAAGGUGCAGAGGACAAAUGCAAACAGCUGGAAGAGGAGCUCCUGGCCCUGCAGAAGAAGCUGAAGGGUGUUGAGGAUGAGUUGGACAAAUACUCGGAGUCUCUGAAGGACGCUCAGGAAAAACUCGAGCAGGCUGAGAAGAAAGCCACAGAUGCUGAGGCUGAGGUGGCAUCUCUGAACAGACGUAUCCAGCUGGUUGAGGAAGAGUUGGAUCGCGCACAGGAAAGACUCGCCACUGCUCUACAGAAACUGGAGGAGGCAGAGAAAGCUGCAGAUGAGAGCGAGAGAGGAAUGAAGGUUAUUGAAAACAGAGCAACAAAAGAUGAAGAGAAGAUGGAGAUCCAGGAGAUGCAACUGAAGGAGGCCAAACACAUCGCUGAGGAGGCGGACCGCAAAUAUGAGGAGGUGGCACGUAAACUGGUGAUUCUUGAGGGUGAACUGGAGCGCUCUGAGGAACGAGCUGAAGUGGCUGAGGCUCGAGUCAGGCAGGUGGAGGAAGAACUUAAACUCAUGGACCAGAAUUUGAAAUCCAUGAUGGCUGUAGAGGAUGAGUACUCCACAAAAGAAGACAAAUAUGAGGAGGAGAUCAGAGUACUCACAGACAAACUCAAAGAGGCUGAGACUCGUGCUGAGUUUGCUGAGAGGUCUGUGGCCAAGCUUGAGAAGACCAUUGAUGACUUAGAAGAUGAGGUCUAUGCCCAGAAAUUGAAGGGUAAAGCCCUCAGCGAGGAACUGGACUUGGCUCUGAACGACAUGACAACCCUCUAGACGCUCCCUUGGUCUUCUCCUUUAUCCUUCCUUUUCUCUCCCUGUAUCGUUUCUGAUUUGGCACACCUUGGCUUUAUUGCCGAAGGUGUCCUGUCUGUGUUUAUCUCUCCAUUCAGCGUAUGAAACCGAGAUCAGGCAGGAAUGAGCUCAAUAAAUGUCUGGUGUCUUUCUCUCUUGAUCUUUAAUGGAGCUGUGUGAAUAUAUUGUCAUGUUCUCAUGACUGUUUAAAGGCAUGAGAUCAGCUCAGUGUUUAGCUGUGCGGUUCCCGUGAUCUUAACUCUUCUUCUACAGUCUCUGUGUUGAGACCGUGCUGGCAUAUUUUCCCCUUUGACCUGCUCUCCCUUUUCAUUUUUAUGUGCUGUAAUAAAUGUCUCUUGCUUCA